AUGACCCUGUUGACCCGGUCACAUGGUGCGGGCGGCAGACAGCUGAGGGGGAAGGACAGACGAGAUUUCUACCCUGCAGACACUUCAGCAGCUGUCAGAGACUCCCACCUCCACCAGUCACCUCACCUGACACUGAACAGGUGAAACACUGAGGGAAGAAAGAAAAAGGACAGAGACUCUUAAGAGGAAAAUAAAGCAGGAGUUGAUAAACAGGAUGUUUACAAAAACUAAAACAUUUGCAAGGUGAAGGAAAAAAGUGAGGAGACAUGACAAAGAAAGGCGGAGAAAUUGCAAGAGCAGGAGUGAAAUUGAUAAUAGGCGGCAAAAAAAGUCAGAGGACAGUGAAAUGGAGGGAAAACAGGGCUAUGAAUUAUUCUGUUGUUAUCCUGUCUGACAGCAGUCUCCAAAGACUUUUUAUUUCCAAGCAAGGUGGUAUUCUUUUGGUACAGACCAUCAGCCUGACCCGUACUAUGAAAUAUUAAAGAGUUCAUAUUUGCAUGCACGUAUGCCCGAGAUCCCAGUAGACAUGACAUGACAGCAUAAUUCGUGGUGCUCUGUGGUCCAGGCACAGCAUUAAAAAGAAAAGCCAUGGGUUUGAGAUGAAGAGAAAUAUCUUCUUCCUCACUUUAAUUAUGUUUGAAGGUUGUGAGAGACCCAAACAUGACACUGACAGCUGCUGUCUCUGCGCAGGAGAAGAGACUCUUAAACCCAGAGACCAAUUUGUAGCCAAGUCAGUCAGUCUGGCUGUUAAAGUAAAACCAGUUUGUCUCACAGAGGUAGUGAAAAGGUCACACUAUUUGCCAAUUUCAAUAAAAGAGCAGAUACAAAAAUUCUCCCAGAAAACGAUAUAAAACAAAAUACCUAAUAAAGAAAUAGCAACUGUUACAGGUAGCUGCUUUACUUGACAAGAAAUCGCAAAUUUCUUUCAUGUUAACCCAAAGAGAUUUCUCACAAGCAGAGCCUGGGAAUUCACGACAGCACAACAAUACCUCCAGCUUAUGAAGUGUAAUGUAAAGCUGUUACGUUUUUGCCACUCUCUGAGUUAUGAUCAGGGAUGAAAGUGAUCAGUUUUAUGAUCAGUUUGCAGCCGGUACGCAAACUUUCACCCCUGCAAUGUGUGUAGGCUACAUUUGCUAACCGUGUUGCAGCACGUCAGUCGGCACUCUGCAUUGUGACCGAAGUGAUCCAAAAGGCCCAUCCUGCUCGCGAGUAAGUCGUAUUUGCUUCCACAAACAAACUCCAGAGGUGGGGGUGUUCAGUGCGCACUUUUGAUUGGACGUUGGUUGCCUAAGCACUGGGGAUCGCCUCCCGCCUUUUGCGGAAGGCGGGAACUUUUAAAGAGACAGCUGCUUCAAUCUUUACGGUGGCCGAUAACCGCCACUGCUGCAAAUAAAAAAGAAUGCAAAAACAACAAAGAAGCCACAACAGAAGUUACCGAUCCAAAAAAAAAACGAAACUGGAGCCCGCUGCAAAUAAAAAAUGAAACGUUGCAGAUUAAAAUAAAGCCACAGUGGAAGUUAACGACGCAAAAAAUAUAUAGAUUAAAAGUUACUAAGAAAAUAUAAGAAUGCAAAUAAAAAAAGCCACAACCGAAGUGAGUUGCCGGGGACCAAUACGAUCUAGGCACAGAAGACGACGGCGAGAAGUGAGCAAAGAAGUCAGUGAAAGGGUUAUUACUUAAUUACACUUCGUGUGCUUUUCAAUGUGUCAUUUGGUUAGUCCAUGAAGUGCCUGAGUUGAUAUGAAGUUGAAUGAAGGGUGCCAGUAUAGUGUUGGCUUUAGCUAACACAGAAAACCCACUACGGCCCGAAAGACCACCCAAGAGAGGUCGGUAGCAAAUAAGUAUGCAGACCCCUCGCUUUAUUUCAUGAAAGGUCCCCGGCAGCUCUCUUCCGUUGUGGCUUUUUUUAAUUGCAUCCUUUUAUUUUCGCAGUAAGUUUUUUUUUGUUUUGUUUUGCAUCCUUUUUUAUUUGUAGCUGUGGUGAUUCUCAGUCACUGUAAAUCUUAAUGCAGAAAUAAAACAAAAUGCAGAGAAAAAUUUAUUUUAUGUUCAAGAGAAAGAGAGAUGCAGCAGAUGAUGAUAUUGUGACAUCAGAGCAAGUUGGGGAGCAGAGGAGGGAAGUAGCAAAGCUACCAGGAGUGGGUAAGUAACUGAAAAAUGGCUGAUAAUGUUACUGUAUCAGAACAACAGUAGGUUGCAAUAUGAAUCUUUUCAUUUGAAUCAAAGAACAGGUGUAUAAGGUAUGGAAAUAAAACAGCAGAGGAGAUAAGAGUGUGCAACUUUCUUUGUUAUUCUUGUUCAAAUGAUCCGUUCGUCGGCACUUGGUUAAACUUGGGUGUGCUCCUCUUGUACAAAGCCUACAGGUACAGUACCUGCAAGAACCUUAGCCUACUUUGACCCCUGGUUGUAAUGCAAUCAGGUAUAAAGCAUUGACUGUUAAACAUAGCGGUAUUAAUAGUAAUUUUAAAUCAUCAAGCAGAGUUGGUUGACUCUUCAUUCCUGCCUCCUCUCCUCUCACUGAACUAAAUCUAAAUAAAACCUAAGGCUUUCACACUAAACCACCAGCCAGCAUUUAUUUAGCUUUGUUGUAGUGAUCAUGGUUAGAGACAUUUAUGAGAGAGUGUUGAGCUAGCAAGCUCGCCUUGCCAGUUCCCAAAGAGUUGUAAGUUCACAGUUGAAGUUGUCAGGGCAGAAAUUAUGGUAAUAGAGAUUAACUGUUGACCUAUAAUUUUCACCUGCAGAUAUAAUCCCUUUGGUUCAUGCUUAAGCCUAUAUAAUGUAUUUAUUUCUUUUUUUUUCCUUUUCUUUAGCUACUGAAGAGUAAUAAACCACUGUGAAUGAUUUUCUCUCUACUAAAUAUCCAUCUGAUUAUUUUUUCUCUGCAACACGGCCUGACUUCAGUCACAUUUUCACAAACUUAUUUCUCUUUUAACCUCUUAAAGUGCUCCUUUAUCUACAACUGUUGCUUUCAACUCUUAUGCUGACUGAAUGUGAAAAUACUGAGUGUUUACUGCAGACUGAGGGGUUAAAUUUCAGACAUUGUGAAUGACUCUAUAUGAGCCUAUAAAGACGUUUUUUUUUUUUUUUUUUCACUAGUUCUGUGUGCUGCAUUUACAUUGAAGAUGCAGUGAACCAUCGCUUCAGCCAGACCAACAUUACUCAGCCAUGGCAGGAGGAAGAUAUGAUGCAGCUGCAGGGUUGGAGCACGCAGAGCUGCAGGGUUGUCAGAUGGAGAACUGAGGGUGUGGAAGUGUGGAAGAGAGAUGGGGAAGAAGAGGGCGACUGUUGUUCUCCCCGAGGUUAAUAUGGUACUAUCAGUUGUGCAACUGUCCACUCAUGGCUGCAUCUAUUUUCCCAAACUGCUGGAGGAGAGGGGAGAAAUACUAGGAGAGAGAGGAAAAUAGAGACAAGAGGGAGGGGUUACAAUGGAGAGUUAGCAGAAGAGAAACAGAGACUUGGAGAAAUCUGGAAACCAUUCAAGAAAAUGAGAACUGUUAGGAGUGGCUGCUGUGUUUGCUUUGUUUCCUUAAUUACCUAAAAAGUUGAUGGCAGGGUUUUCUUGGCCAGUCCAGCCUCUGAAUUAAUGGAUUAGAAACACAAAAGCCAAAUAUGCUGACAAGAAAAAAUACCCCCUUGAAAACAAGAACUGUUGUAUCUAAGAAUUAUAGUUCAGUUUCUGUCUUAUUCCUUUAGUGCUGGCUGAAAUCUUCUCUGUGUUGCUUCUGUAUACCUACAUACUUUUGACUACUUUAAACCAACAAAGUAAGUGUUUAUUGACCACAUAGUUUCUUUAAGACUUACAACCCUUUAACACAUCAAAAAUACUUCUGCUCUUGUCGAUGGUUGUCAAGAAUCACGAUGAAGUGUGAUUGAUGUCAGCCGUUGCAUGUGGCCCCAUUUUUCUGCUCUAAAUAAACUGAAGGAUAAAUCCAGUUGCGAAGCCAGUCCCUCAAAGCGCUGACCUUUUGAUAAGCCCAUCCCUCAAAUUCAUGGCAGCUCAGAGAUGCUUUAUUGCCACAACCUAGAAAUGGCUCAUGUUGACAUAAGAUCAUUUACAAGCUGCUCCCCGGGGGCCCUCAAGGCUCCACAUCUCUAUAUGAACGAACAACAAGAGAUUAUCCUUGAAGUGAAAUAACUUCAGCCUCUGCCUCACCUAGGACUGUUUCUCCAUCAGGAUACAGCCUUUUUUUUUAAACCUUGACAUUUGAUCUGUACAUUUCUCUAAAAGCUGAUGUAUAAUUUGUAAAGAAAUAUUCAUUUCUCUUCGUCAAUGUUUCCAUUAAAGCCAGUGACUUGUUUUUGUCACCCUCAUAUGCUGUUAUAUACUUUCUGCUCUGCCUUUUUUGCUAUACUAAAGUGAGAGAAAUAAAGCAAACGGAAUGAAUAUUUCACUAAUUAAACUUUGAAAACAUCAGUCCUUGCUUUUCUUGGAUUUCAUCCUUCCCCUCUGCCCUGUUGUUUUUCACGCCAACCAUUUUGCUGUUCUUCUCUGGCUUACACUGUUGAAUUUUAAGCCACAAACUGCAACAGGUCAAAGCAUCCUAAGUCAAAGGCUGUAGGUUUCUGGUGUCUGUGGUUCAGAGCAAACUAACAGCAAGAGGCGAGCAUGAUAAAGAGGAAAGGGGACGGUCAGGUCACUCAUGUGUCCUCUGAUCCUGGUUAUCUGUCUCCAGCUUCUUGUUUGCCUGAGUGAUCUGGGCUGGAACCAUCACCAGCUCCCUCUCUCUCACGUGAACCGUGACUUUCGCUGAGCUGGGAGCACACUGCCGAGAUAAGGGCUGGGGUCUGGCCGACUGUGGUGAUGGAACCGGUGAGAAAAAAACAUGGUGGACGGAGCCAUCUGGCCAACUCUCCUCUGUCCUUGCACCGUUGAACACAAAGCUGGAGUCCCUUGUCCUUCCUGCUGCACUUUCCGGCAGUAGUUGAGCCCCAAUAGGAUUGUGCAACAAGAUAAUGGGUUAAUGUGUUUGCUAUGUGCUUUUUUUAAUGGGAAAACUGCAGAUAGAGGAGUUGAAUUCUUCCUCAGAGAAUAGCUGUUCACAAGUCUGUACCACUUCUAAGAAAUCAUAUCACACAUUGAUCUAGGUAUUGCCUCUCCUUCCUAAAAGCCUUUAACACUCUUUCCACUCUAUGUUAAAGGAUAUGCAUCUUCUCUUUCUACUUAUUGACUAAGGCUUUUGGCAAGGUCAUCUGCAAAGCUUAUGUGACAGUGUCCUCUGGAGAAUAUUGGAUUUUAUCUGCAUAUAUCAGCAAAGCAGUGGACCUGAAAUAAGAAAUAUUUAGUUAGAAACACCUCUUUAUUUUGCAAAAUAGCAUCCUGCCAAUGGUUCGACCUUCAUAGUGGUUACCCAUCUGUAUUAUAUCUCUGGUUAUUUUCAGCGAGUGAAAUGACAAAAAAGAAGAACGUUCCCAACUUUAUCAUUGACUCUUGUUGCUGUUGUGUGGAUGUAAAUAAUACAAAGAAACUCAAUAAGCUUCCAAUUAAAAUAGCAACCCAAUUAUUGAUUUCUGACAUUUAACCACCCAAGUACUAACCUGCCUCCAACCAAGCUAACACAGUUCCUGCUUUGCAAGUGCCUCCAUAUUAGUUAGUAAGCCAGCAGUGGUGUAAAAUCCUGUCUAUUAUAAGUCAUACUAAAAAGAUUAAGCAGCAACCUCUGGUCUUGAGAAAAAAAGCCGGUGCAUAAGUGCUUAAAGCUGAAAUUCCUUUGAUGUCCACUUGAGGCACGCUGCAAAAGCAUCACAAACCCCCCACACACACACCCAUUCAAAGAAGCCAAUCUUUACAUUCAAGGUAAAUAUGUCUACAGCCUGGUUGGAAAAAUAGUUUUAGUAUGAGGUUAUUCUUUACCCACAGGGGAUCCUGGUCAGCUCAGCCACUUGGUUAAGAAACCGGCAUGUAAAAUUGACACAGAUGCUGGAUUAUCAACUGCUGCAAAUACAAAACUCGAUCAUCCAAUUUAGCUAAUUUCAAGAAAGUCUGACUCAGAUAUCAAAGCUGUUGUUUGUGAAUGCACUGGUUACAAAUUUAACACCUCUUUGUAUUUUUUCAGCAUUGAGGAGCUCUGGGUGGUGAGCGAUUCACUGUGGCUGUAUGUGAGCAUCUGACAACAUCUUUUUCUGUACCACUCAUGAAAUCCAGCAAGUUGCUUCCACAGUUCAUGGACAUGGGCCUGUAGAUUACAUAUCUGUACUACAAGUGAGUCAUCCCCAAUGUCAGUAUUACUCUUUUAUUAGUUUCCAUCUGCAGCUGUUGAAUGCGAAAGUGAUCUCCUACCUAGGUAAAAUACAGACAGAAUGAAGUACCACUGAGUUUUACUCUAGCUCAUUCAGCUACAGUAGUGUUGAGGACACAUUUGACUUUUUAGAUGUUAAAAAAAGGUUAUUAAAGUGCAUAUUUUCACAUCAUUUAGGGUAAAUGGCUAUAAGAACUUCCAGGUAAUACAAGAUGCGUGACAUUAAAUCAUGAGCCAAAUGGAUGAGUGUUUAAAACAAUGACCCCCUCAUCCAACACUAUUGGACGAAGUAAAAGACAAUUCUUGAUGCUCAAAACACUUGACAGAACAAAAACAAUGGAUACAUUUUCAAAAUAGAAAGAGAAGUAUCCAAAGUUCAUGCAUAAUGGUUUAAUUAUGUCAAUUUAAAACUCUGAUGAGGACUUUUUUUUUUCACAUCAAAAAAAUAGCCUGAAAUUUGUACCGAUGCUUUCUUAUGAUAUCUAAAGGCAAACAAGAUCAUCAGCAACAUGACUCACAUCUAUUAGACUGUAAUUUUUUAAUGCCUGAGGUUGAUGUGAGGGGGGUAGGUGUCAGCUCAGCUGCUAAAAAACACCUUUUUUUAAUAUUUACAAUGAAAGAGACAUUAGACUGUCAAAAGUCAGCAGAAUGAGAUUUUUGUCUGACACAUUGAGAGAACAAGUUAAGAAAGAUUGGCUUGACAUUAGGGGGCAUCAAAAUUUACGUAAACCAAAAGUUCUACACAGGAACUUUAAAAAGCAAGCCUUGGGUGGUCAAACAAACACACUGAAGGUUAUAGAUGUGACUGAUCAUUUAGUUCAUCAGAAGAAAACGAAGAGAAAAGGUCUAUUUUUCAAAAUAGUUACCAAAAGUUUAACAUUAACAGUUGAUUAAAAAGAUCCAAUAUAAAUUUUACCAUUAGAGGCUUGUAAAGGAACAAUUUCGUUCUCUUUAGGAAUUGUCUGCUAUAUGUCCCCGUCUCCUAAUAUAAUCUGACUUAGCAAGUUGUUUGACCUCAACACAGUUUUACAGAAAACAGACACGAGAGUGAGUCCAGAGUGAGUCUCACUGGGGAGACAGAAGAGAAUCUGACAUCCAUCCAACCUGUCAGCCGAGGAACAUUAGACAUGAAACCCAGAGAGAAAAGACAAAGACCCAGUUGGAUCUUGGCCGAGGUGAUAAGUUACCUUACACUGCAGUCAUUACACCGCCCGAAUUAAAUGAUAAGAUUCCAAUUACCUGCUAAUUUAAACCAGCGGUCAAAUAUGAGGAGCAAAGGAUGAUGGAGCCUGCCGCUAAGGAUUCCAGGUUGUAAUAGCUUUUUGCAGGUGAGGAGUAAAUUGAGAAAAUCUUGCAGAUAAUAUAGAGCAGUGUAAAUGACCUACUGACUGGAAAAAUACGUUAAAUUUAGUGCAUAUAUUAUGUUUCUUUUCAGUGACAUUACAAAAAUCUCCAAAAGAUAGCUGCUUAGCUUACAUUGCUUAUUAAAACUCUCUUAAACCUUAUGUGAAACUUUGUUUUAGUUAUAUCCAUGUAAACACAGUAUGAAGGUUUCCUCACACAAAUAGUAAGAGGGUCUUGUCCUCUAAUUAAUCUGACUUGUCCCUCUGCUAAACGCUGGAUCCGUUUGCAGGACUCCUGCAUUAUUCAUCAUGGCUGUGGAUGGUAGAGGAAGUCUGCGGUCUGGAGUCACCUUACUCUGAGCGAGAGAGAGAUGGAGAAGGAUGGGAGGAUGAAGUGAAAGUGAUGGAAGAGAAGUUGAGGAUGGAGGAAGGUGAAGGGAGGACAGAGAAAGAGGUUGGACAGGAGGAAAGAGGAUGA